AUGGCUUUCAAAGGAUCCGGCCCUGUUUUCUUUCUGCUCCUAGCCAUUCUGUUCAUCCUGGAAGCCUAUGCUGCCGACUACAAGACGUUCCUACGGCAGCACUACGAUAAUCCCAAAAGCAAUGUUGGCAAGCGUUAUUGUAACACCAUGAUGCAGAGACGCGGGAUGACCAAACCUCAGUGCAAGGCAGUGAAUUCCUUUGUCCACGCCUCCAAGAAACAAAUCACAGGCGUGUGUGGUGCUGGAGGGCAACCUCAUGGCAAUAACUUGCGUCGUAGUCGUAAGCAAUUCUCGGUCACAACCUGCAAACACACAGGGGGUUCAACACGUCCACCUUGUAACUACAGAGAGAACAAGUCACAGAGGUUCAUCGUCAUUGCUUGUAGAGGCGGGAAGCCUGUUCAUUAUGAUGAAGGCCAGAUCUGAAGAA